GCCAGCCAGUUGCAUCAUAAGAUCGAUUAUUGUACUAAUUGUAACAAUAGGGUCUGCUAUGGAUAGCAGAGACAUUGAUCCUGUUAUCAUUAAUAAUAGCCUUGCUGACACUCAACUAUGUAGGUGCUUGCAGAAACAAUACAAAAUAAGAUUUUCAGAAAGUACACCCCAGGACAGCUGCAUUUUCCCACUCUCAACUGUGACAUUUCUGGUUGUCAAAGCAGAGGAUGUUACUACAAGCAAGUCUACCCCAUCAGAUGAACAGAUUAAACUAUCACCUUAUAUGAUUGAAAGAUUGUGGAACUUACAAAGUGGUCAUCAAAAUUGUUUUUUGAUUCUCUCCGCUGCCUUGCAUGAGCAACGCGAGUUAUCAAUCUUUGCCGCCAUACAGCAGAGUGUUUCUGGCAGCAACAUGAAGAUUUUACCAUCCCAUAAUGAUAGUGAGACAGCUAAAAUAAUGGCCAUGAUAGCCAAGGCUAAAGAAAAAUCGACAUCAGCCAUUUUGAAACAGAGGUUGGAUACAGUCGCUUGGAAACAGGUGAAUGAGGAGAUGAUUUUGAACAGUCUAGCAGCCAUUGGCCUCACAGAUCAUCAAUGUUUUGUUCUACAACAAGGAUGCGGUAGUCUUGCAAACAUUGUCAACGCAAGUAAAGAAGAACUCCUGGAAUGCACAAGCCUAGCAACAGAAACUGCUGACAGAAUAAUAAAGUUCUUUAGUGAAACUAGACAUGCUCAAAGUAAUACUUAACAUUAAUCUGACAAACCUAGUUAGAGGUAGCAAAAGCUUGACAUAUAUUAUUUUAGAUGCAAGAACAAUGCUACAGAUUUUCAAUUUUUUAGAUUUAAUUAAAUUAAGUAAAAUAAUAAAUCUGUCUUUAUAGCACAUUACACAAAUGUCUCAAUGCGCUUUGCAGUGUUUAUUUGUAUGAUUCUUAAUUGCUGUUUGAACACUACACAUAACAGGGAGUAACUUAGCCUGGGUUCCAGGCCCUAAUUUAUAAUCUUUUUAUUAUAUUCUAAGUAUUAGAAUAUAAGAGUUAUAUACUAAGUGCAUGCCAAAUUAGCAUGCUCAUUGGUGGUGCUCUCCAAUCUUCACAAGGAGGUGCCUCACCUCUAGCCAGGGAGGUUCACUCAGAUGAAGUGGUUUUUUUUUAGUUUGUACACAUAGAUGGUUAUUGAAUGAGAAAUCAACUAUUCUCUACAGAAAUGAUGCAUGUCAUCCUAAUUUGGUUCUAAUGUAAUUUAAUAAUACAGUAAUAUAAAACAGUAAUACUAUUAACAGCAAUUUACAUAAAUAUGUUAAUUAUAUUUGUUUAGAGAAAAGUUUAAAAUAAAUGCUGCUGCUGUCACAUUGAAGGUGUAUUGUCCCAUGCAAGAUACCCAGAAAAAAUUAUUAUUUUAAUUAACUUGGUCAUUUUGAAGUAACAUUAAAAUUGAAAAUAGAAAUUAAUGUAUUUUAAAAAUGUA